AUGGCUGGCUUGUGCAAGCGGAUCUUGUCUUGCCCUAGGGUUGCCCGUCAGUGGGGCAUACAGACUCGACUUCAGAGCACUCGCGCCGCAUCAAGACCUAACGCCACCGUCGUCCCUGAAUUGCCUCCUCCGCAUCCCGCAACUGAACCCUCCAAACCGUCAAAAUUCAAAUCCACGAAGCCCUUCUCCGAAUUCCUCACCGAUACCUUCAAUCGGCAACAUGACUAUCUCCGCAUUAGCGUCACGGAACGGUGCAAUCUUCGGUGUCUGUAUUGCAUGCCCGAGGAAGGCAUAGACCUCUCGCCCUCUACAAAACUACUCACAUCCCCGGAGAUCCUAUACUUGUCCUCGCUAUUCGUCUCACAAGGCGUGACCAAGAUCCGAUUAACCGGCGGGGAACCGACGGUCCGCAAAGACAUCGUGCCAUUGAUGCAGGACAUUGGCAAGCUGCGACAAAAUGGGCUUCGGGAACUGUGUCUAACAACCAACGGGAUCUCAUUACAUCGAAAAUUGGACUCAAUGGUGGAGGCUGGGCUGACGGGAGUCAACCUCAGCCUUGACACGCUGGAUCCAUUCCAGUUCCAGAUCAUGACGAGACGCAAGGGAUUCGAUGCUGUGAUGAAGAGCAUCGACCGCAUUCUGGAAAUGAAUAAGGUCGGUGCGGGGAUCAAGCUGAAGAUCAAUUGUGUUGUUAUGAGGGGAAUGAACGACCGAGAGAUCCUUCCGUUCGUGGAACUGGGCCGCGAGAAGCCGGUUGAAGUGCGCUUCAUCGAGUACAUGCCUUUCGGCGGAAACAAAUGGAACCAGGAAAAGAUGUUCUCAUAUCAGGAGAUGCUGGCUGUUAUCCGGGAGAAGUAUUCAACGUUCGAAAAAGUGGCCGACCACAAGAAUGACACGAGUAAGACAUACCGUGUUCCUGGCUUCGAGGGCCGCGUGGGAUUUAUCACGAGCAUGACACACAAUUUCUGUGGUACCUGCAAUAGGUUACGCAUUACUAGCGACGGGAAUCUCAAAGUCUGUCUGUUCGGUAACUCUGAAGUCUCCUUGCGGGAUAUCAUUCGUAAGGAGAAUGGUGGGAGCCCGAUUGACGUGGAUGCAAUGAACAACCUGCAGCUGUUGGAAACAGUACAAAACGCAGCACGCCUUAGCGACGAAGGCGGCUUGGUGAAUGAACGAGAACGUGAGAUUCUCGACAUCAUCGGCAUGGCAGUGAAACGAAAGAAGGCGAAACACGCCGGCAUGGCACAACUUAAGGAUAUGAAGAACCGUCCUAUGAUCUUGAUUGGUGGGUAG